GGCAUGCGGAAAGCUGGUGAUUUCCUUAUCCGCUCCCGCGAAGUCACCGGUAGCGACCUGGACUCCCGGAAGAGAAGCCUGCGAGAGGAACAGAGAUGCCAUUGAGAGCUCUCACUGCCGGGAUGAGGCAAGAUCGGCUCUGGGAUCACUCACUGUUCUUCCUGAAGGAGGAGUGACUGGCCAGCGGCACCUGAACCCGGCGCCCCGGAGGUGAACCCAGACAGACCUGAGGAGGAGCCUGUGUCCUGUGCCCUUGGGAGGCUUCUCACUGCAGGGUCGAGAUGACCACAGCCACCACUCUGGGGGACGCCGUCUUCUCGCUGAACAUGACCAGGGGAGAAGACAUCCUGUAUAAAAGUUCCGGAGCCAUCGUGGCUGCCAUCGUGGUGGUUGUCGUCAUCAUUGUCACCUUGGUGCUGAUCUUGCUGAAGAUGUACAACAGGAGAAUGAGGACCAGGCGGGAGCUGGAGCCCAAGAGCCCAAAGCCACCUGUCCCUCCUGCCCUGGACCCAAACAGCAAUGGCAGCCAGCAGCCUGCCGCUGUGACCUCCGACCCUGCCGAUGUCCCUGUGGAGACUCGGUGACCCUGCCUUGGUGUCAUCCCUGCCUGUGCAAAGAGCUCGUAGGACCUGAAAGUCCACUCCGCUGGCAGCUUCACCGAGUUCUUUCUGGUUGGGUAAACUGAGGCACCUUCCGUACAGCCCCUGCAGCUUGAAGCCUUCCUCACCUACGUUGUGCUCUGGCCAUCCCAGCUUUGUCCGUGUUCCUGCUGCCACUCAACCAAAGCUCUAAGGACAUUCUUUUGUUAUCUGAUGAGAAGCACUGUGCUGGGGAGACUGGUAUGAGUCUGGUUCUUGCCUCACAAGUGCUACAGCUUGACAGACAGACAGACAGACAGACAGACACCUGAGUCUUCUGGUCAGGGUCAGGGGUGUUAAUGAGAGAAUGUCACCCAAGGAGCCCCUGGGAGCAUCUCAGCUUAAGGGCAUGUCCACAACUUCCUCAAUCCCAUAGCCAGGUGCAGGGAAACUAACUUGGGCUAACCAACCACAAAACCAACUUGGUAACAUCUAACUGUCCCAGUACUAGAUGGCUGGUCAGCGUUCUCCCCCUUGAACAAAGGGUACAAGAGGCUGGACUUGGUGGCACAUGCCUGCCCUCACAGUGCUCAGUGAAAGCAGGAACGCUGUGAUUACAAGACCAUCUUUGACCGCAUUGCAGAGAUGUUUCUUUAAAAAAAAAAAUACAGAAUAAACAGUAUUCUUCAAAACUUUACUUCGUUAGUAGUUAGAAAGAAGAGGUGCCCCGAGGAGCAGAGGCUAGCUCAAGGAUGAGAGGCAGAGGCUAGCUCAAGGAUGAGAAGCAGAGGCUAGCUCAAGGAUGAGAGGUAGAGACUAGCUCAAGGAUGAGGAGCAGAGGCUAGCUCAAGGAUGAGAGGUAGAGACUAGCUCAAGGAUGAGGAGCAGAGGCUAGCUCAAGGAUGAGGAGCAGAGGCUAGCUCAAGGAUGAGGAGCAGAGGCUAGCUCAAGGAUGAGGAGCAGAGGCUAGCUCAAGGAUGAGGAGCAGAGGCUAGCUCAAGGAUGAGGAGCAGAGGCUAGCUCAAGGAUGAGGAGCAGAGGCUAGCUCAAGGAUGAGGAGCAGAGGCUAGCUCAAGGAUGAGAGGCAGAGGCUAGCUCAAGGAUGAGGAGCAGAGGCUAGCUCAAGGAUGAGGAGCAGAGGCUAGCUGUAGGAUAGGAAUUGCUCCAUUGCCCAUGGGCCUGGGCUAUGGUAACUGCUCAGGACCCUUUCUGCUGCCCCAGGUGGACUACCCUGACCCCUCAUUUUCUGGCUCCCUUUUAUUUGGAUGCUAAGCUUCCCUGGCAGUCCUCUUGCCUCUGGGGACAAGUAUUUGGAACCCAUUAAAUCUUGUAUUU